AUGGUGAAAAAACGUUCUUUUGUAGACGAACGAGAAGAUGUUCAAAAAAAAGCAUUUACAAAAUGGAUCAAUACACGAUUAACAAAAGUAAACCAUCCACCCGUUGACGAUUUAUACCAAGAUCUUCGAGAUGGUGUUGUUCUAUUAAAACUUCUCGAAUGUUUGACGGGAAACGAAUACAAACGCGAGAUUGGUCGUAUGCGUGUACAUCAUAUUGGAAAUGUCAACAAAGCGAUUGCAGUAUUGAAUGAACAUGGCAUUAAACUACUCAGUAUUAGUAGCAAUGAUAUUGUUGAUGGGAAUCCAAAAUUAACAUUGGCACUCAUUUGGUCAAUAAUACAAUUUUGGCAGGAUGUUUUUAAAACCGUUGCACCUGACGUUCAACAAAAUAAUAUUGAAAAAUUUUUACUCAAUUGGUGCCAACAAACAACAAAAGGAUACAAAGGUGUUGAAAUCAAAGAUUUUACACGUAGUUGGCAAGAUGGAUUAGGCUUUAAUGCUUUAAUACAUCAUUUUCGACCGGAUUUAUUUGAUUAUGACGAAAUACUUCAAAAUGCAUCGGAAAGAAAUUUAGAGCAUGCAUUUAGUGUCGCAAAAAAUUCGAUCAGAUCGUAUAAAGAAACAACAAUAUCCAGUUCAAUAUCUCCCGAAUUAACUUCUUAUCAAAUAAAUAUGGAAAAAAUUCUCUCAUGGAUAUUACAAUUAGAAGAUAAAUUAGAUAAUAAAGAAAAAGUUGUUUUAAAUGAUUUGAAAUUAGUUAAGGAACAAUUUCAAGCCCAUGAAGAUUUUAUGGUUAGUCUAACAAAAGAACAAAAUCAAAUUGGUCAAGUAUUACAAGAAGGAAAUCAUCUAUUUAAUAAUGGUCAAUUACAAUUAAGAGAAGAAAAUGAAAUUAAAGAACAAAUGAGAAUAUUAAAUAAACGAUGGGAAUCAUUGAGAAAAAAAGCACUUGAUCGACAAUCAACACUACAUAAAACAUUAAUGAAACUACAAAUAGAUCAAAUAGAAUCAUUUGAUAAAUGGUUAGCAAAUGCUGAACAUCGUAUUCAAAAUGAUUUAAAUAUAAUGGAUGAAGAUCUUUCGGGUAUUGAAAGACAAUACAAACAAUUAGCAUUAUUACAAGAUGAUCUUGUUAGUCAACAACAAAUAACUGAAUCACUUCAAAAUAUGGUCAUUGUUAUCGAUGAUACAUCAUCUACAAAUGGAACUGGUGAUCAAAUAAAAUUUAAUUCAAAUGAUAUUGAACAAAAAUUAUCAAAUUUAAGUGAACGAUGGGCAUCAAUAUGUAAUUUUGUACAAAAUCGAUGGAUUACAUUACAAGAAGUUAAAAUUGAAUUAGAACAAAUUUAUACAGCUCAAGAUAAAUUAGAUAAAUGGUUAACAAAAAAGGAAUUUGAAUUAAAACAAAUAAAAUUAGAAACAAAUGUUUUAGAUACUGAUGUUUUGAUGAAACAAGUUAAUAUAAUACAAAAAACAGAGUUAGAAAUGGAAGAUAUGAAACAAUUAAUAUUAUUAUUUGAUAAUAGUACCAAAGUAUUAACUAAUCACUAUGAUUCAACAUCACCAUUAAUGAAAAGAUUAAAUGAAAAGUUGAAUAAUUAUGAACAACAAUGGACAAUACUCAUUAAAGAUUUAGAUUAUGUGACAAAACGAUUAAAAUCUUCAAAUAUCAAUUAUGAAACGAGUACUUCAACUAGUGUAAAACCAUCCUUUGACGUCGGAUCUAAUUCUCCUAUAGCCGGUGAUAUAUUAAAAAAAACGAUAACAACUACAAUAGAAGAAACAACAACAACCUAUUCAAAUGGAAUCAAUGGUAUUAAUAGUAGUUCACCUAAAAAACGUAAAAUUGAUACAAUAAUGAAAAAAGAUUUUGAUUCAUCUACAAAAAGAUAUCACGAUUGGAUUGAUAAUAUUGAAAAUAUUAUUGAUAUGAAACAUUUAGAAAAUGUUACAAAUGAAGAUGCCGGUGAACAUGAAAAAUCUCUUCGUGACCUUGAACAGCAUUGGUAUAAACUACGUACAUUAAUUCUUUCGAAUGAAAAAGAUAUUGAAAUAAAUAUCUAUACGAAAAAAUUUAACGAUGAAUUAAAAAUAUUAGAAAAAGCUCGUGAUGAAUACCAAUAUUGGUUAGACACUACAAAAAUAGAAACAAAUGGAAAUGAUAAUAGUCAAAUCAUAAGUGCACAAAAUGAAAUAAAUAAAAAAUUAAAAGAGGAUAGAGUAAAAUUGAAAAGUAUACAAUCUCACGACGAAAGACUAAAUAAUCUACGAUAUAUGGCCGAACAUUUACAACAACUGAACGCUGGAGAUACAACUUCAAUACAACGAGCAAACGAAUUAAUAAGAGCAUGGGACGAUACACAUUCAAAAAUACGCGAACGAAAUAUCCAUAUUGAACGUACUUAUGAUCAACGAGAUAUGGAUCGUCCAAAACCUCGAGAUGAUAAUUCAGCUGCAAUUAAUAUAAACAUUCAACCACAACAAUCUACUAUGACAACACAAACGACUAAACUUUCGCCAACCGGAUUUACUGGUACGGGUGUUAAUACAUCGUUUUCUAGUACGAGUUCGUCUACAACUCAUCAUCAACAUUAUCCAUCAUCAACAUAUGAUGUACAUCACAGACGAGAAGUGGAUAAUUCUUUAAUAACGAGUCCAAAUAGAACUGAUAAUCAUUCACAACAAUCAACACUUGGUCAAUCAAUCGGUGAAAAUGGAAGUGUAUUCACAUUAACAAAUAUUUAUACAUUUGCCGAUAAUUCAAAUAAUUCAUCUAGUUUAAAUGAUAUUAAUAAUCGUGGUGGCGAUGGUCUUUAUUCACGAACGUUUGAUCAAACACAUAGAAAUAUGGGUCCAAAUUCGGAUAAAUAUACAAUCAAAUCGAUUGUCGAAGUGUUCGAUAAACCCGAACAAGAAACAGAAAUUGAUAAACUCAUUAGAGAAACCCAUACAUCUUCUGAACAUCGUUUAACACGUAAAACUCGUACAAGUGGAAGUGAUACAACUGAUUUUGGAGGAUCAUCUCGCUAUUAUCAUGGUCAAUCAACCUCAAUAACUCCUACAUCACAAUCCAAAUAUUCAGAAAAUCGUCUUGUAGAUCUUAGUGAGACACAAUUACCGCAUUCAUUUAUUGAACAACAAAAAAAAAUUCGUGAGUGGCUUGAACAUGUUGAACAACCAUUACUUACAGAUAAAAUUCAAAAAUGUGAUAUUCAAUCAAUUGAACAGAAAAAAAAAAUUUAUAAAGAUUUACUUGAUCAAACAUUUGAACAAGAAAGAACAAUGGAAUAUUUAAACAGUGUUGCUAAUGAAUAUUUUGGAAAAUUAACACAUGAUAUUAGUCGAGGAUUACAGAUAGAAUUAGAAAAUUUUCAAGAUAGACUCUAUGAUGUUAAAAUGUUUCUUAGUGAAAGAUUGACAAAAUAUAAUAGAUUACAUAAAACGUUAAGCGAUUUUGAGCGUGGAGUUGAAGAUGUUAAAAAUUGGAUUCGUACUGCUCAACCGCGUUUGGCAAUGGAAGAUGCGACGACAAUGGGUGAUUCUCGUCUUUUAGAAAAUCAACUUAAUCGAAGUCAGAUUUUACAACAUGAAAUACGUGAAAUGCAAACAACGCUUAAUAAAUUGAAUAAAGAUGUUGUUGAAUUAACUCAAGAUGCUGAUGAAAGUUUUGCUCGACGUUUACGUGAUGAAAUGAAAGAUUUAAAUGAUGCAUUAAAACGAAAUAAAGAAAUUCAUGAAUCAAUACAAGAAAUGGAAGAUUGGAUUAUUGAUAAAGAUCGUGAAGCACCAGCUGAUGAUGGUCCAAUAUUUUAUCAAGAUCAAAUACGUGAAAGAGUUGAACAAUAUCAAAAAAUACAAACAGAAUUAAGUUUUAGAGAAAAUGAAGUAAGACGAUUAAUUGAACAAGGACGUAUAUCAUCAAGUACAAUGACAAGUGGAAUACCAGAUUUAGCACAAAGUUUAGAAAAUCUUGUAUCAGAUUGGACAAAUUUACAGAAAAAAGUUGAUUCAAAAGUUCAAUAUUAUUCAGAAAUCUAUACAUUACAUGAAGAACUGAAGAGCUUAUUAAAUCAAGAGACAACGUGGCUUGAUACUCUACAAGAUAAAAUUUUAACAUCUGUAAAUGGUGGAGCUGAUGCUGAAGAAAUAUCAGAAGAAUUAGAUACAUUAGAACGUUUUGUUAAAAUUCAUAAGAAAACAAAUUAUGAGAAAAUACUUGAAAUUUAUGAUCGUUUACAAGCAACAAAAGUAUCAAUACCAGCAACAGGUAGUCAAUUAAAUCAAUUUAAAAUACGUUGGGCACAAUUACAUGAAGAUGCCUACAAAAAAAUUCAUAGUUUAAAUCAAGCAAUAACGGAUUAUCAACAUAUGGGACAUCAAAUAACAGCAAUGCGUGAAUGGUUACGACAUACAGAUGGAACAAUAAAUUCAAGAUUAAAAGAUGAUGUAUUUGCUGAUGAUGUUCCAGGCGAGGCUGAGAAAUUGAUUCAAGAAUUUAAUCAAUACGAAGCAUUAUUAAGAAGCAUUGAAGACAAAGUUCAUGCAUUAAGAAGUUCAGGAAAAGGCGAAGCUGCUAGACGUCUUGAUCAACAAUUAGAAUUUUUAAGGAGUCAAUUUCUUAAUCUUCAAACAAAAUUUCGUCAUUUUCAAAAACCAUCGGAUUUUGAACCAAAAUAUGCUAAUAUGAGACAAAUAUUACAAGAUGUUGAGCAAAAUAUGCAUGUACUUGAUAUAAGAACAGAUGAUCCAGAUGUUAUUCAUAGUCAACUUGAACAUUGUAUUAAAUUAUAUAAAACAUUAUCGGAUAUUAAAUCAGAAGUUGAAUAUGUUAUUCGAACAGGACGAAGUAUUGUUGAAAAACGUCAAAUUGAUGAGCCAAAUGAAUUGACAAGACAAAUUGAUCGUCUAAAACAAAGUUAUAAUGAUUUAGGUGCUAGAGUUUCAACAUCAAAAGUUCAAUUAGACAAUGUUGAAAGACAUAUACGUAAAUUUCGUAAAGAAUAUGCUCAUAUUAAUGAUUGGUUAAUAAAAGCUGAUAAUGAAAUUAAAAAAAUUGAAAAUAAACAAGUAUCAAAAAAUACAAAAGAAGAAAUUGAUUGGAUUCGAGCAACAAGAAAUGAUAUUAAAAAACUUGAAACCACUUUUGAAACAUUAAAAUCAUUAGAACGUACAAUUAUCAAAGACGCUAAUCGUCAACUUCCAAUAUUAAAUGAAAAAGUAAUGGAUUUAAAACGACAAGUUGAUUUAUUGGAUAGACGUUUGAAAGACAGAUACGAUGUUGUUGAGGGUCAGGUGCGAAAACUCGAAGACGAUUAUCAAAGAUUUAUUCAAAUUUAUCAAGAAAUAAUUAUUCGUCUCGAAAAACUCGAAUCACUAUUAUCAGAUGCUGAACGUGUUCUCGAUCUCACCAGAAUAUCGCAAGUGCAAGAUGAAUUACGUAAUGUACGACCACAGUUAGAUGAAUUAUUAGCACUUGGACAAGAACUAGUAUCUAAGAGUGAAAAAUAUAGUAAAUUAGUUGGACCUGAUAUUGAAAAUAUAACACGAAGAUUUGAAGAUUUACAAAGACGAAUUAGACAAAUUCAGGAUCAACAGGAAAAACGUAGCAAAGAGCGUAUAGAAAAAGAAGAAUAUGGUAAUCGUCAACAAGAAGAUAAUACUACGACUAGUGGUUGGGAGCGACAAGAAAAAGAUUCUACUACUCGGCAUGAAUACUAUCAGGAAAAAAUACACAAUCGUCAUGAACGUGAAUCACGUCACCGUUCACCAUCAGAAUCUUCUGAUAUAUCAGCGGCGGCAGGCGUCAUUGAUGAAGAAUUUAAAAAGAAAUAUCUCCGUUGUCUUGCUUAUAUGAAAUUAAUUGAAAGAUUAUAUGAUGCAGGAGAGGAUAGCGACGAUUCUGAUUUGCAUACGACAAAAACAACAAGACGAGAACGAACAAUCCAUGAUAGACCAGAAUAUGAAGAAAUUGAAAAGAUUAUACGUGAAACAGAAGAACGUGCUUAUGUUAUUGAGAAAACAGAUGUUGAUCAAGCGAGACGAAUUCGUGAUAAAAUAAGACGCUUAAGGGAACAUUUGGAAAAUCUUAAACAACGUCCAUAUCAAACUCGUACGAAUGAUGAAAUUGUUCGAUAUAACACACGAGUAGAAGAACGUAUUCGAACACAGGAACGAACAAUUCCGCGUGAGAGGGGUGAAUUUGAUUCGGAUUUCAUAUACGAUGUCGAUGAUACACGAUCCGUAAUUAGUGAGCCUGCCCCUCAUUAUAAUACGAAAUAUCGAAAAACAGUUCAUUCAUUAGAACGUUGUAAAUUGGAUCAACAACAGCAAUACUAUUAUCCUCAAGAAAGUGAUUAUUAUCUUCAACCACUAUUACGUGUAAGAAGUUUGAAAGCAAUCGAUCGAGCAUUAAGUGCUCCAUCAUCCCCAAUUUUACAACCGAAAUAUCGUUCUUAUGAACGAAGCAAUGUACAAUUUACAAAAGACAUGAGUAAUAAACGUUCAGCAAACGUCGAUAACUAUCAAUCACACAUAUCGAAAUCUCAAAGUCUUCCAUCUUCACCAUAUGGAUUUCCAUUACAACCAUAUUCUCCUCAAUUUAUACCAAUAAGACAGCAACCGUUAUUAUAUAGAGAACGAGUUAUUGACAGACAUAUUGCCGAGCGUAGUCAUUCACAAGGCGAAUCAUCGCGACAGGCACAUGACUCGACAUCAACACGUCAAGCACAACAACAACAACAACAUGCUGGAAGCACAUCGCAUACUACAGCACGUUCAACAAGCGCAAAUGCAAAUUUAUCCAAUCGUUCAAUACCCGUGCAAUAUGAAAAUAUAGCACAUGGAAAAAGUGCAGGAGCUAGUGCCGCAGGUAGUGCCGGUGUAGGACGAGAAACAUAUCAUACCUAUCAAAAUCGUUAUUCAGGUCAGGGUGGCGCAGCGAUGAAUGGACAAGAUGGUUAUUCUUAUAGAGAUUAUAAUUAUGGUCAACCAAUACCGACAUAUUAUAAUGAUCGUACAGCAGAAAGAACAUAUCAGGAUCAAGGUAAUCAAUACCAAUAUCAAGCUGGUGGUGGUAGCAAUAGUUAUCGUCAACAAUACAAUGAAGGAGCAGGAGGAGGCGGACAACAAUAUUUUCAGCAUUAUCCUCAACAACCUUAUCAAGAUUAUCCACCACCAAACCAUAGACCAACAAACGAUUAUUAUUUUGAUCAACAACCAGCGCAUCAUCGUUCAAAUCAUCCUUCAUAUCAUCAUCCAACUAGAGUAGUUAAUUAA